AUGAAAGCAAUUUUCCACGUCCUCGCUUUUUCCAGCCAGUUCAUCCGUCGGCCUGCCCCUUCUGCGCCUGCUCCUGGCCCAAAUGCCAGAGAGUUCCUCCACCUCGAGGUGGCUAUUGCCAAGUACAAAUUGGCAAACAACAUCUUCGUCCCGUGGCCCCGCUGGUUCAUGGCGGUUGUAGAAAUGGUCAGAGGGCCGAACGGAACGGCCCAGGAGAUGGUCUGGCUGGUUGCUGCUGCGUGGGCCUUGGGCCAGAAAAAAGCUUUUGCGGAGCUUGGUCUGGACCUGAUGGUCAAGUACGAGGGAAGAGGAGUUGGAAGCCUUUUUCGGUUCUGCGAGAGAGAUGCGGUCGUGCAGAAGGUUCUGCCAAUGAAGUUUCGGUGCCUUAUCGAGGGACGUGCGGCUCGUCUGCACAAGCGUGUCGUGGACCUCAUUCGCUCGAGGGCCCAAGAUGACGGGUGCGUCUGUGGUGAAAGGCCUGAGCUCAACAACUCGUGGGUCAAUGCCUACGACGAGUUCGGCUGGAUUGCCACCGUCCCCCUGAGCGAGGUGUUGGGAGCGGCUGAGCCGCUGGCUGAGCAGGAGGCGGUUAGUGUGGCGGGUGAGUGCCAGUGCAUGGGUGAGAGGGAGUGGGGACCGGCGGCUAUCAAGGAGGAGCUGGAGAAGUUCAAGAGGGAGGCGAAGAUCUGUUUUGACUGCGUGCGGAUGGACGAGGGCUCUCUUUCGGUUGAGAACGGUGUUUAUCAUUGA